AUGUCUUGGAAUUCGGUAACCGACACGCGGCCUAUCACGCUACCUGCUCAGACGAUGAGCUCGCCAUCACCUCCUCUGACGACGCAAUCGGCAUCUCCAGUAACCUCUGCGACUACGAGCCCGCAACAUAUCCCAUACGAGAUCAACAUCCACCACCCAGCCAUCAUCAGCAGUUCCCCUGUCGCCGUUCGCGCAGCAGUUCACAGGGCCGAUACAGGUACUCUCACGCGCACUCGCACCACCACUGUUGUCCGGACGCCCUCUAGCCAUAAGUCAGAGGGUUUCCUCGAUCACCGACACUCGCCCCCACCGCUAACAAACAGCUGUCCCUCGCAGACGCAAUCGCAAAACGACCUGGACGCAGCUCGCGACGCCGCCUCAGGGGCAUCGGUCGUCUCAGAGCGACGUCCGGUGCCUUCAAAACGUCGUAUAUGGCAGCGUAGCGCAAGUUGUCGCGAUCUUUACGAUUUCAGCUUCGAGGACUCCGGCCAGGCCAAACGGCGAAUUAAACCGCCGAAGCCUGCGGAGAAAGUCGAAGAACGCAAGCUUGAAUCCCCCGUUACUCGUUACGACGAUCAUCGCGUCCUUUAUGAAUCUCUAUCGCGAAAUACUAGCCUGGAAAUUCAUCAGGAUAUUAUGGUUCCUGAUCAAAAAGUAUACUCUAGUAGUUAUCCUGGGACAACUCCGUUGUAUUCGCAGGAAUCCGUUGAGGAUCCUGGGAAUUACGACUUGCGCGAUUCACAAGAUGAUUUGUCCCACGAUAGUUAUGAGUUACUUGAACGAUCUGACGAUGAUUACAGUACUUCCGGAGAUUAUAAAUACCGAAAGGCUAAACAAAUUUUGAACACGCGUAGUUGUAGUUUAGAUUCAGGUAAUUAUCUACCUUCCGACACCGAUUCUGAUAACGAACGGAAACUCAAAUGCAAGAGUAGUUCCGAUGUUCAUGCCGAUAUUUUCUCGAUAGAAGAUCCGAGAGAUUUCCCAAGGGAGAUAAUACCGAGAAAAUCGGAUGGGAGCUUCUAUAAAGCUUUCAAGUUAGGUUCUCGUACUUCUAGUCUUGAGUCAAAGAGCGAUUAUUAUGAAUCCAAGUCACGUUCGAGCAAGGAAAGUCUUAAGAAGCGUGAACGAAGUCUUGGAUCUCGCACUUCUAGUCAAGAAUCGAAGAGUGAUUACGACAUAAAGAAACAAAAAGCUGCCGACACAUUCCGGAAAGCUUACAUCGAAUCUCGUACUUCUAGUUUAGAUUCUCGAAGCGAAUACUAUGAUGCGACAUCUUUGAAACAUGAUGAGAGCAAACCUAAGUAUCAUCACGAUUACGAUAGGAAAAUACAGUUUGAACGAAAUUAUGGAACACACAUUUCUAUUUCUAAGCAUGAAAAUAGCGAGAUGAAUAGAAAUUAUUCGUUGGAUUUCAAUAGUAUACAUACGUUCAAAGAAACAUCCCAUGUGCAUUCUAUUAGUUUACAGAAUGUUGAAACUGAACAAAAUAUUCGUAUAAAAAACUUUGAGCAAAAUACGAUUCCAAGAACGCAAAAACAAAAAACUACACCCCAAGAAAAUGAUUCUAAAGACGUACAUAUUUGGCCAGAGAGUAUUCCUGGACUUCCAACUAAAAUUCCAGUAAUACGAGAUUGGACUUCAAAAAGUAGAUCUACAGAAUCGGAAAGUAACAUUUUUAGUUUUGAUGAGGACAAGAUUCAAUCGUUGCAGGAAAGUGAUAUUGAUGUUCCAUUUGGUGUCGUUCCAAAUAUAGAUAUUCGAAGGAAAAAAUCCGAAAAACCAUUUAGAGAUAUUUUCGUUGAAAUCGAACCUCGUAAAGGCAGAGAAUCCAUUCAAUUACAUCAACCAAUUGAAAGAACAAAAUCAGAUCCCAAUUCGUUAGCUCGACAAAGACUUAAUUCAAAUUCACGAAGAUUGUUACUCAAACAUCAAAAGUCUAUAGAUUUAACACCUGCAGAAUCUAGCGAUGAAGAUUAUUUAUACAAACAAAUUCCAAGUGCCCCACCAAUAAUGAAGUACCGCGGAUCUCAAUUUGAAAUGCCCUCAGCCGAGUUUGGACACUUUGAUAUUUUAAAACGAGAAAUUGAAGGACAAAAAACGAAAUUUGAGGUACCGAAGAGUCAAUUUGAAAUCCUCGGUGCUAAAACUCAAUCAGAUUUUAUUAAUUUACCUCCUAAAAAUGAUGUCGAUAUUCCUUACGUUUUACAUAAACGACAUGUUAUGAAUGGCACAGCUUCAAAAGAAGAACCGAAAAAGGAAGUGAAAAAGGAGCCGAAAAAAGAAAGUGCUAAAGGAAUUCAAGAGGUACCUGAUGUAAUUGAACCAAAAAAAUUGAAACCAAAGAGUCCCAUUGAGCCAGAAAAAACGUUCUUGUUUACACAAAAUAUUGAUUUAUCAAAGGUGGAUCCCGUUACUUUGGAAAUUGAUAAAAGUGUUAAACCAAUUCAGCAUAUGUCUAGUCCAAAACGCGAUAUAACGAAAAUAGAUCCGGCGAUUUUAGAAGCUUUAAAUUCAAAAUUGAGUCAAAUUGAAAGCGAUUCACCCACAAGUUCCAAAACGGAAAGUUUGAAACCAUCACAAAAAAUAAAACCACCUCAGGAACCGAUAAUUGAACCCAAAGUCGAAAUUUUAAAGAAAAUUGAUAAAAUCAUGCAGAAAAAUGAUAUUAAAGCUACGUUAGAAAAAAUAGAAAAACCUAAACCUAAAGAUAAACUUAAAACUGACAUGAAAAAACGUGUGAUUAAACCGAGAAUGCAACCCAAUAAAAAGGGCGGAAAAACGAACAAAACAAAAGUAAGGAUUACAUCAUUUAGUUCAGAUGAUGAGUCGUUGGAUUCUGAUGACGUUUUUGGUAGCGCGGAAGCAACACCUACUAAAAUGGAAUUUUCCCCUCCGCAAAUGCGCAAAGAAAUGGAGUCAAUACUUAAAUUUGAAUCAGAAAGAAAAUAUUUACAGUAUACGAUGUCUUCAACUGAAGUAGAAGGAUCACCACCGCAAACUAGAAAAUCUGAAUUAUUACUUGAUAGAACUUUAGAUCCAAAUUAUCAAACAGAAUUACGAAGAAUAUCUGAAAGAUCACUUUCUAUCCCAAGUUCAGAAGAUGAUUUAAAUAUUAAAACAUCCGAUAUGGCACCAGUUUUCGCUGAACCUUCUGUUGUCAGUGAAGGUUUAUCGACUGUCCCUGAAGAUGAUGGAGAUAAAUCUGUUGAUGACACAGUGGAACAAGUUACAGUUCAAGAAUUAUUAGGCGAAGAAGAUCUUAAAAGUAUUAAUGAAACUAAAGAAAAAGAGAAACAAUUGUUACAAGCUGAUAUAGAGAAGGAUUUGAAAGAUUUGAAGGUUCCUCCAAAAACAAAAAUUACAGAGAUUUGUUCUCCAUCUUUACGAAGAAAAGGACAAAGUCCUUUGUUAUUUGCACAUGCUCGAUUGAACUUAUCGGAAGGCUCUGCUUUUUCGCUGUUACAAAAGCAACAAUCUUCAGAAGCUCAAUUAUUAUCUGGUAGAAGAACCAAAAGUUUGGAUGCACCUGUUAUUUCUGUUAAUCGUUUACCGCCAUUAAAUGCUUUUUCAAGUAAAGAUGAUACUGUUGAGGAAGAAGAUCAGUGUGAUUUAAUACUUAAAGAAUCUGAUACAACCGAUUAUGAAUCACCAACGAAACCGAAGGAGUUUAUACAAAAAUCUGUGGAAAGUGAUGAAAAAUCUGAUAUAGAAAAAUCAAAACCGGAAAUGAAAUUGCAGAAGGAAAGAUCGAAGGAAAACGAUCAAAUUGUUCCAGAUGUAUCAAAAGAUAGAAAGAAAUCAACACAGAAAAUGCCGCUAAGCAAAACGAAACCUUCACCACAAAAAAUUUCCAAGGAAAAAGAAUUAAAACCAAAACCACCUUUACCACAAAAAGCUGCCGUUGCAAAACCACCAAAGUUACCUUUAAGAACUUCUAAUGGUAAACCGUUACAUAAAUCUUUAUCUGGAGAUAAACCGGAUGAUCCAAAUUUGCCGAAACAAAAAUCUCUUCCUACACAAGCUUCUUUAACUCUCCCAGAAAUUAAAAGAACAAAAAGUCAAGAGUUGGAAUUGCAGAAAAAAUUACCAACAAAAGAAAAGGCUAGGUCUUUAGAAAGAUUGGAGCUAAAAAGAAUAAGUAGUAAGGAAAGGACAAAAUCUCAAGAAGAAAGUGAUACUGAAGCUAAACGCAAAGAAAAACAACAAAUGUUAUACGAAACAGCUAUUAAACAAACUAAAACAAUUAAAAGUCCGGUUAAAGACACACUACCUGUUUUCCCACAAGUUGAGGAAAUGGUUCGAGAAAGAGGUGGUAAAUUAGAAAUAAGUAUCAACACUAUAGAAAACAAUACCGUUAGUUUAGAAGAAGCAAUAAUAAUUACAAAAUCACCUAAAAAACUGGACAAGAAAAUCGAUAAGAAACUUACUAAGAGCUUAGAAUUAAAUUUAACCGGUGAUGAAGAGGAAGAAUCACGAUCAGUACAAAGAUUAGGUAAAAGUUUAGAUCUUGAUAACCGCCCAGAAAAAGAGACAUCAGAAUUUGAUUUUGAUUUUCAACCAGAUUUACCAAAAGAUGAAGAACCAGCUAAACAAGAAGACGAACAUUCAUCUGAUAACGACGACACAUUACGCGAAUCCGAGAUGACUCAAGAUAUUAUUUUAGAAGGAACCAGCUUGGACGUAUGGCUUUCAGUCGAAGAAGUUGCAAAAGAUGAUAAACUUGAUAACAUAACAGUAUUACAAAAGUCGGCUGAUUUUUUUGAACACCGUCCAACAGUUAAGCCACCAGAUCUCGCCAAAAUUGAUACAAAAAGCUCGUCGGAUUCGCAGAGUAUGGAAAAGAUGAGCCUAGGCAACUCGUUGGACAUUAAAUACAUCGAUGACUCUGGCGAUUCAUCACACAAAUCGGAAAAGGACGCUCAAAUCACAGCGGAAUUGAGAAAAGCCUCUCAAACUGUUGAGAAAUUAUUAAUGAAAAAAUUAGAAAAGAAGAGAAUGCAAGCUGAACUUAGCAAAAAAGAAAGCGAGGAAAAAACUGAGGAAAAAACAUUAGUACACAUCACUAGUGAUGAAUCGUUAACAUCGGUGAGUGAAUUAAAAGGAGAAAAAGAAUCAUUUUUGCAUGAAGUAACCGUAAAAUUAACAACCGAAAGAAGUCGGUCUGAAGAUAACACUGGCUCUUGGAUUACAGUGGAAUGUGAAGAGUAUGUUGGAACUGAAGAAUCGUUUGAUUACGAUGUACAAGAUGAAAAAGACGACAAAGAAGAUCAAAAAACUGAAGAUUCUAAAACCGAUGAUAAUUUGCUUACUACUGAAAUAAGAUCGAGUAAUAAAAUCGAGUUAUUAAAGCGAAGUUCUGAUCAAUCUCGUUCAAGCGACACCACAGGUUCUUGGACAAGCGGAGAAAAAGAUUUGAGUCCUGGCCAUCACAAAGAAACAGAAGAAUCAAGCGUUAGUUGUUCUAUGGGACGAGCAAUUGGUUUAAGUCAAACUAUCGAAAAAUUUGCAUCGAGAGAUCAAAUAGAUAAAACUUCGCCUGAUUUAGAACCGCCAAGAAGCCCGAGAAGUCCAAGAAUAUGUGUUUUAGGUCGUGCUUUCACUAUAGAUGAAGCAUCCGACAAAGAACAAGAGUCCGAAGAUUCUAUAAGUGACGCACAUGACAUUCCUAAAGAUUUAACACCUAUCCAAGAAGUACAAGAUGAAUCUAAUGAGACUCCAUUGAAGUACAAGAAAAAACCGUAUCCAUUUGAAGAGAAAUGGUCUAAUGAUUCAGAGUUAUCUCAGAAAUUACAACAAAAAAUAUGCAAGAAGUUAUCUUCAUCUGAAAGGAAUGGUUCUUCUGUUGAUGAUUCGUUCUCCGAAUCUAAAAGAAAUAAUAAAUUGUUUGGUGAAAAAUUAUCAACGGAAUCAAGAAACUCCCUCGAUACAGAAUCUAGUUCAGGAAGUUUGGGUGUUGCUGUAAGGAUGCAAAAAUCCGGUGAUAAUAAAGAGUUUAGUUCAACGUGGAAACAAUUUCCGUUAGAAAGCUCGGGAUCUUCAAGUUUAGAAGAAGGUAUUAUGCCUCCGGAUCAAGAUUUAUAUGGUCAAGAAUACUUCUUAAGUAGAGAAAAUUCUAGCGAUUUCACCACGUUAGCCGAUAUCACUUACAUGCAGAAAGAUAAUGAUAUCACCCCAACAAAAGAUGACGACGAACCUAGUUUUCCAUCAGCUUUUAAUUGCCCUUGUUUAACUUCUGUUGCAAUUACGGAUGUUCUACACAGUUAUGGAACAACUUUCUUGUCGAGGACGUUAUCUAGAAUCUCAGAAAGAAGUACAAAUUCCGAAAAAUCUAGCGUUGAUGAAGAUUCAACGAAAGCAAGUACUCAAAGCGAUAGUUUACACGAAGAAUCAGGUGCAUCAAGUGACCGACAAGUUAGUAUUAGUUCUGAUUCACCGAGUAACGCAGCUCAUGUUUCUGAUUCUGACAAGAAAUCAAAAAGUACGAAUAAUUCGAAAAUUAAAAAAGAAACCAGUAAACCUAGUGAUAAAAUCAGUGAAGGACACCUUCCCAAUAUCAAUAAUUUAUUACAAAGACAAAUUUCUGAUGAUAGAAGAACAUCGGCUGAGAUGGCUGAUUUAUCUAUUGAUGAAAUCGAAAUAAUUACAUCUGAACGUGGUUUAAAACUUCGUAGACAAGGCUCUGAUGAUACGGUUAUCGAUGAAGAAUGUUUUGAAGAUAGGAAACGAAGUUCAAGUAGCCAAGAAAGUGAAGAGUGGCCAUUACCGGAUAUUCCACAAACAAAACAACCUUUAUUGGCUUUGCACGAAUUUCCAAGCAGUGAUACAUCACAACAAACAACUCAAGUUUAUCAACCACCGAAAAUAGUGAUCCCAAAAACGUUUGGAUUACGAGGAUCAUUAAAAAGUCAAGAAUCCGAACAAUGGCCAAGUCCUCCUUCAAGUGUUGCCGAACCAGUUAUAGGUAACAUUGAAACUUAUUAUGUUAAUCCUCCAGAAGAAGCGUAUAAAACAAUUGUAGAAUCCGGAAGUACUGUUAGCACUUACGAGAAUGACUCGAAUUCAGAUAAUUCAAACAGAACUUUAGAUAUGGACGCUGAAAAAACUCAUACGUAUGAAAACGUUGCUGCCGACAUUGGAAGUGAAUCUUUAUCGGAAAGUUUGAGUGCUGGACCGAGUGGAGUUAAAAUAGUCUUAGAAAAGAAAUCUGAAAGUCCUUCAUCAAACUCUGAGGAGAUUUUGAACGACGAUGUAUUCACAGAUUGUCCGACGACGGGAGAGUUAAGACCACCAACUGCAAUGAGGAAAAGUACUACUUCUGAUGAUUCAUCUCACUCUGGACAUAAAACAGAUUUGAAACCACCUUCCAGAAAAGCUUCUCAUAGUUCUUAUUCGGAUGAGGAUUGCACAAGUUCUAUUGGAACUACUUUAGAAGAUGGAACUGUUCGAUAUGCUUUAAAACCAACGAAAUGUACGCAUAGUUCACACUCCGAGGAUACUUCUAUAGCUCUAAGUUUGUCCGAAUGGUCAAAUAGCACUAACACAGUGAAGUUUCAGAAUUUAUCAACGAGUAAUAGUAAUACGAAGAGUUCUGGUUUAAAAAGUGACGAUAAUUCUUUAACAGAUAUAGCUCAAUCAAUUUCAGAGUGGUCUAGUAGUAACAGUAACACAAUGAAAGCUCAAAGUUUACAAUUCCAAAAAUUAUCUUCGUCCACUGGUGAUUCUUCAACAUUAACAGAAAUGAUACCAACAAUUUCUGAUUGGUCUAGUUCUGAAUCAAAGACUUUAGUCGCUCAGGUUAAUCAAGCUUUUUUCAAUCCACCACCACCAAUACAAGAGCAACGACAAAUUCGAUUAGGUUCCAGUGUAGACGACGUUGAAUUAAGUAAUAUUAGCGACGUAAAAAGUCCCCAAAACAUUCCAUCUGAAGACGCUGUUAUUAGAGGAAUAACCCGAGAAAAAUCGUUUACAAAAUCAACUGAAAGACCGAUGGUGAUUCCUUCGCAAAUUUUAUCGGAAAGCGAAAAAUCAACUGAAAGUAGCAGUAUGGAACAAAGAACCGUUCAUGUUCAAAAAUACGAUAAGGAAAAACAAAAGUAUUUACAAAAAACUAAAAGCACCGAAAGACCGGUUAAGGUACCGUUAAAAUUAUCGAAAUGUUCGCCUUAUUAUUCGAGUAGUUUAAGUUCAGAAUCAACUCCUUUAGCUUCAACAGCAAGCGUUAGUAAAACCGCUACCGUUCCUCUAACGAGAGUACACAAAAAGAGUUUAUUACAUGGAAAAAGUCCACCAAGCGAAAACGAUUCGACCAGCUCAAUGGAAUCGCCAAAAAGCAAAUCGGAAACGCGUAGAGGUUACCGUAGAAGAAGACAAACCCCCCAGAAACGCUACAAAAACGAAAAGGAACACCCCAAAGAAGAAUAUUUUUAUGUCGAACAAGGAGAUUAUAAUCAAUAUUUAGCUAAUCGGAGCGUUGAGGAAAUGGUUUUCCAAUAUGAUAUUUCCGAAACAUCCCCAGCCGGAUACAUUGAAGAGGGAUAUUUUCCCGAUGGCGAUUCCCAGUCUGGAUCGGAUAUUUUCCGCAUGGAACGCGAUGAAGAUGAUCGAUGUGAAAUUGUCGAAGGGUUUGAUGUUACUUCGAUUCCACCACCCCUUAUAGAAGAUGAUUUUGAGGCUGAGAAACUUAUCCAGAGAGAAACCAAACGAAUGACAUUGCCAGAUCGUUACAAGCAAACACUCGAUCUAUUUCCUCUGCAUCAAAUAUUGUCCCUACUGUUUGACCAGAGCGAGUUAAAACUACAUAAUACAGAAUUCACUGCGACAGUGUGGAUCUGUUAACAUAGAAAUUAUGUUUGUACAACUUCAUUUCACGGACUAUACCAUAAACCACUGUUAUGAAAAAUUGUAAACGUUGUAGUGUUGAGACAGAAAAACGCUAAAGUACAAAUAUUUAGCUAUUUAGAUUAAAGAUCUGUAUGAGAUUUUUGUGGCAGAUUACUUUUAGAACAUUUCUACACACUAAAAUAAAAAAAAAACAUGCACCUCAGUUGUAAACUUAUUAAUACAUACUCAAUUAAAAUCACAUUUUAAAAUAAAAUGUUUUGCGAUUGUUACUUGCUAUCAGCUGUCGUCGAUCCCCGUUAUUUAUUAUGUAAAUACAUGAAGUUUUCAUUACUAUUAAUUGUUAUGCACUAGCUAUAUCUUGAUUGUCUUCAAAAAUCGGCUUUUUGGUUGUCACGUGAUUGAAGAUGAAUUAUUUCGGUGUUAAAUAAUCAUUGAUCGUUAAUUUAGCAAUGAACACUGAAAAAAUAAAGUUUUCGUUGUUUAUUUCUGCUACAAACUGCCACAAUUUUUGAUCAGUCCAAUUCUAGGCUUAAACGCACAAAGUUUAAUUCGAUGUUCCAUCAUACGUCAUGAGUUUUCUAAGUUUCCUUAUCACUAUGUUGUUAACGAUUAAAUAAAAUUUGCAUCGACAAUCGCGUGACUCCGGAAUCCGCAAAAAAAAUUGACGGAAACUAAUACUACUACUCAAGCCAAACGAAGACUGAACAAAUAAAAAAAAUCCUGUAAAUAAAUUGUAAUCCGCGAUUCUCGUUGUUUAACUACAAAAUAAUUGGCGUGUUUAUUAAAGACGCAACGAACUAAAAAAAAAAAACUAAAAAUCAAACUAAGUACAGUGGUAUUAUUAAAUAUCGUGCGUAUUUGUAUUGAAACCUUUUACCUAGAUUCUAGUUGAUAAGUGGCGAAGCGACGAUAAACUUUUGGGGAUGAUGAGAAUUUUAAUUUGGAAGAAGAAAGAAAUUUCUUGGCAUUUUCUAAAUUACUUCAUAACUUUUAAAUUUAUUAAAAAAUGUAGCGAAGAAGUAAUGAAGGUAAGGACAUCAAUUAUAAAGUGCCUUAUAUUGGGUAUUUUAGAUCAGGUCUUUUACUAUUUCAGUUAUUGUGUUUUUAUAUUUCUUUACAUUGUAUAUUUUGUAAACAUCAGUUCAUUUCACAAAAAAUACCAAGAAAUUCAUACUUAGAUUAAAAGUAUAGCGAAAUUCAUUACAUUAUCUCCAAAAAUUUAUUUGUGGCGUUUUCAUUAUAUUCAUAGAACUAUUGAAGAAAAAAAUAGUAUACUUGUUAUUUCGUAAUUCUAGCGUACCUCCUAAACAAAAACUAAAACAUUGAUUUAUUUCCAUUAUUAGAAAUAUAGUUUCGUGUCAUUUCUAUAUAACAUUAAAAAAAACUACAUUUUAAUAUACAUAAUAAGCGAAAAUGCUCAUCGACUUGUUCUCACGUUGCGUGUAAGAUAUUAAAAGUUAAGAUCUGAUUUUUCGUAUGUGCCAAAUACUAAGGGACGAUCACAGGAUAAUCUACAAUAAAUAUUUAAAUUAAUGAAUGAAAGCGAGACAACUCAAGUACAAUUUCUGUAAAUUCGUAGUUGCGAAUUCUCUAUUUUUAUGGAAAAUAUUUUAUGUGUAUUUGUCAUUUAGGACAAGUUUGUUGCUUGUUUUAGAACAUUUUUCGCUUAUUUAUUUAUUCUAUAUUUUUUUUAAAGGGCCUAUAUAAUAUAGAUUAUUAUCGAUUAUUUCAAUUGUGGCUUCAAAAUUUUAAGGUUGAAUUUUUAUUAUUCAACGAACGCAGUAAGGCCUAUCGAUAUAAAUUGAUUUUCGUUGUCUCGAUAGUUGGAAUCAAAAAGAAAAAUGGAUAUUUUAUAUUUUCCCCAGGUUUUUCUUCUUCAUAGUAUACUUUCCGAACGAGAAAGCGUAAGUGUAAAUGUAACAAUCAAUUUUGUUGGAAAUAAACUGGAAAAUUUUUGCCUUA